CCGAAGAGUCCCCCGGCAGCCAUCUUAGUUGUACCAACGGCUAUCGCAGAGCCCCGACACCAGGAAGUGUCCGAUCUACCCGCUGUACUUCUCUGGGGUCAACUCUCUCAGUCAAACUACCUUCAAACAGCGGCGAGAGGAAAGUUGUUUUGAGUGCCUGUUGAAACCACCCAGUAAACCAGGAUGGACUCAGAGAUUUUGAACAUAGAGGAGAUAGUGAUGGGACGGGGACUGCCAGAUCCACCUCCAGAAGUUCCCCCUGAAAAGCCAGCUGAACCAUACAAACCCAUCACUCUGAAUGGACCCCCUGCACCCCCUGUUCAACCCUACCAGCAUGAAAACCUGCAGUGUUUCCAGUGCUUCAUCACGUUCUGCAGUGCCAAAGCCAAGGAAAGGCAUAUGAAGAAGAGCCACCGGGAAGAGUACAAGCAACAGCUUCAGCAGGGAAACACACUGUUCACUUGCUAUGUGUGUGACCGCACAUUUCUGUCAUCUGAGGAACUGACACAACACCAGCCAAUACACAGCAAGGACGACAAGCCCUUCAAAUGCGUUCACUGCAAGGAGAGCUUUAAAACCUUCUCUGAACUCACUGCCCAUAGGAGACAGGUGUGUCCAGAGAAACAGCUGGUAUGUAAAGAUUGCAAUGAGACCUUCCGGAGUGCUGGUUUUCUGCGCGCUCAUCGCCUGACCCAACACCCCCGCCCAGACGUAGACACUGCAGAACAGCCGGAGGAUCCUACGAAAACCCACCGCUGUAAGAAGUGUGGUCAGGGCUUUGACACAGAAUCUGAGCUGGUAGCGCACCAGGAGAAGUACCCCGAGGGUCAGCAAUGCAACGGCAGUGCUUCGUCCGUCAAGAAACGCGGGCGGCCUUCCAAAAUUGAAGAAGUGGCGGUUGCUGAGAAAAAGGGAAAGCGGAAAAAGAAGGAUGAAGCAGAGGCGCCCGAGGAGCCAGUGAAGGCCAGCAGCACAUCAGAGCCGGCAGCCCCCCCAGCAGAGGAAAAAGGGAAAGCAGCUGGAGCGAAGCGUGGCCGUCCUUCUAAAGCGCCAGCGAAAUCAGAAACGGAAGAUAAAAAGAGUCCCGAGGAUGACAGCCAAGCUCCAGGAAAGGAGAAGAAACCUAAAGCAGAUCCCGCCCCGUCCCGUCAGCACCCCUGUCCCGAAUGUGACCUCACGUUCCCUGGCCUGAUCCAGCUCCGUGCUCACAAGAAAGAGAAACACACCCCGCGGAAGGCCUAUCCCUGCGAAGAAUGUGAAGAGAGCUUUGCCCGUCAGGAGCAGUUGGAUGCCCACAUGUCACGGGCUCACGCCGUGGGCCGCUUCGCCUGUUCAACCUGCGGGAAGAGCUUUGGUCGUGAGCGCACCUUAAAAGCUCACGAGAAAAGCCACCCGGAGGAAAAGCCUGAAAACCCAAGUGCAAAGAGAUAAUUGAGACAUGGGGGACCUUGCAGAAAGUGUAUGAUUUUUGAAGAUUUUAGUCAGGAAUUGUCCUUUUUUCUUUUAACAUUGGAGAUCUAAUGCUCCAGAUGAUGGUUUCAGAUGAGUUUGAAAAGGGUUUUGAGAAUGACGUUUUAGCAAGUUUUGGAUUUAAAGUUGCGUUUUGAUUAUGAGCUGUUGAAAUUCUGGAGAAACAGACACAUCUCCUAAAUUGACUAACCAAAUGUUGUUAAAUCCAUUACACCCUUUGUCACACAAACAUAGUUUAUUUGUAAAAAAAAAAAAAUGUUUUGAUUAACUUUUUAAAUGAUUUGUUUCAGUUUUUUUAAGCUUGGUGUGGUGUGAAUUUAUUACUUAGUGUCUUGAGUUGUUCAACUCACUUUGUGGUUAAAAAAAAAAAGUUUUUUAUGUUUUUUUUUCCUUUUUUUUUUUUUUUUUUCAAAACAGAUUGGGUUAAGUACAUAUUUUGAAGCAUAUUAGAUGCCUAGUAGAGAUACUAUGUCUGAAUGUUUAGACAGUUUGUCAAAAGAAAUGUGUAAUGUACAGCUUCUGGUUCAUAUUUUUGCAUUUUUUACAUUUAAUAUUUUGAUUAUGUUCCUUUCUAAAUUAAAUCUCAUUGAGGACGGAUUUUAAAAAUAACAUAAUUAAGUUCAGCUAAACUGUAUUUUGUCUAAGUGCUCCAGAUUCAAUGUGGAGUGUUUGGCUCGUGGGCAGAAAUGAUCCACUAUAAUCCUUAUUUGUCUUUCAGUAAAAUUUACGCCUUUAUUUUUUUUUUUUCACCUAUUAGAAUAUUUCAUGUCUCAGACAUUUCUCAAGUGGAACUUGUGGCUCUUUAAUGCCUUAGAGUCCCAUAAGGAUCUGUGUACAUCAUGUGUUAUUCACUGAUUGGAUUGUUUCUCUCCCCACUGCAAUGUGUCUGGACACUGCAAAAAUAUAAUAAAACAUGCUAUCCCAAGGGAGGCUGCUGAAGAAAUAA